AUGGGUGACUAUUCAAAUGCGCUCGAGUACCUCGAGAGAGCUCUUUCAAUUAAAUUGCAAUCACUUUCUAUAGAUCAUAUUCAUUUGGCACCAUCCUACAAUAACAUUGGUUCAGUUUACGAAAAAAUGGGUAAUUACUCAAAAGCACUCAAAUACUAUGAGAAAGCUCUUUUAAUCCAACGACGAUCGCUUCCUACUAACCAUCCUGAUCUGGCAUCAUCCUACAGCAACAUCAGUACUGUAUAUUCACAAAUGGGUGACUAUUGGAAAGCCCUCGAAUAUUAUGGGAAUGCUCUUUCAAUUGCACAACAAUCACUCCCUUCAAAUCAUCCUAAAUUACUUGUAUUCUACAAUAAUAUCGGUGGUAUGUAUGGGCAUGUUGGCGACUAUCGGAAAGCUCUCGAAUACUGCGAGAAAGCACUGUCAAUUCGGCAGCAAUUAGUUGCUGCAAAUGAUCCUAGUUUGGCUUCAACACACAACAACAUCGGCAUAAUAUAUCGCAAUAUGGGUGACUAUCCAAGAGCACUCGUAUGCAUUGAGAAGGCUCGUUCGAUAUGGCAAAAAUCACUUCCUGUAGAUCAUCCUAGUUUAGCUGUAGUUUACGAUAAAAUUGGAUCGAUUCAUGAACAUAUGUGUGACUAUCUGAAGGCGCUCAAAUGCCAUCAAGAAGCUCUUUCAAUUCGUCAAAAAUCAUCUCCAACAAAUCAUCCUGAUCUGGCAUUGUCAUACAGAUAUAUCGGUACGGUGUAUACUAAAACAGGUAGUUACCAGGAAGCUCUAGAAUACUAUGAAAAAGCUAUUCGAAUUCAACAACAAUCACUUCCUUCAGAUCAUCCUAGUUUAGCUAUAUCCUACAGUAACAUCGGUUCGACAUAUAAGGAUAUGAAUGAUUAUUCACAAGCGCUCAAAUACUAUGGAAAAACUCUUUCAAUCGAACAAAAAUCACUUCCUGAAUGCCAUCCUAAUUUAGCUACUACCUACAACAAUAUCGGUAUCGUAUAUGAUGACAUGACUCAUUAUCCACGAGCACUCGAAUACCAUGAGAAAGCCCUUGCGAUUCGACAGCAAUCACUUCCUGCAGAUCAUCCCGAUCUGGCAUUAUCCUACAGCAACAUCAGCUCGGUCUAUUAUAAUAUAGGCGAUUACUCAAGAGCUCAUUUAUUUUUUGAACGUAGUAUAAAAANCUACCUACAACAAUAUCGGUACCGUAUAUGA